GGGUCAGCUCGCGCGGUACUUUUUCAUUAAAAAAAAUAAAUAAAUAAAAUAAAAGACAAAUAAGAUGAGUUUAAUAAGGAAAUCAAAAAAAGUGACGUCGUUGAUUUUUAAUGGAAGGACGCUAUUAGCGGAGGGUACAUCUGGGUAAAGUCAUAACAAGGUCUGGUUUUUCAUCUUAGGACUGUCCACAAGAAGAAGGCAAUUCAUGAACUGCAUUUGGUAAACAAAAAAGUCUGCUGUGGGUUAGGCAUGAAGGUCCUAACAUAAAGGGAUACAGAACAGGCAUCGAAACCUCAGUAAAGGGAACGCAGCAACCAGCAGACUUUCAUUGCCUUCCUCUGUGGCUCUUCCCUUCUCUCAGAUCAACAAAGCUCAGUGCUCUUACUGAAUAUGUGUCAAAAAAGGAGGUCAACACACAAGCAAAGAUGAACCCCUAUGUUACUUCUCACUUCAGGAGGGAUCUCUUCCCCCAUUUUCAUUUGUUGUAGCCUUUUUUGUUUACCCUGCUUUUACUGGUUGGAUGAAAUGACUUACCCUGUAUUUGCAAAGUUAUAGCAGUAGCUCUUGCUUCUUGCUUUGCUGUUCUCUCUGUACCUUCAGCGGUGCAUGGUUAUGGUUGAGAAACUAAUUCUGUCCACUGGCUCCCAAAUGAUUAUGAGUUGCAUGAUUUUUACACUUUGUCAGGAUUCAUUUGUAAGCUCUUCUGGGAAUGGUUCGGAAAGGAAUGCCGAAUAAGAGUCAACAAGCCACAAAACCUGUUACAAUCUUCCUCUGUGACAUACACCUGACCUGUCAACUCUGGAGCUUGACCUCUGUAGAAAAUCGAUCAAAUCAGGCAUAGGUGAUUUCUCAGCCGUAAUGCUGAGCUGUAUUGAGUGAUUGUAAAACUUGGAGACACGUUUGAUCGUAAGAAUUGGCAUGUUUCUUUCUUUUUCACCUGCAUGUCGGAAAUUAUUGUACCAUUUGACCUGAAUGUAGUUUUGUUUUCUGUGCUUACUUUGCAUCUCUUCACAGUAUUAGGCUAAUAUGGUACUAUCCCAUUGUCCUGCUCCAUUGCAUUAUCAGUUUAUAGUUUUUUUAGUGUUAAUCAAAUGAUCCUUGCUCAAGCACAAAAUCUCAAGACUUUCCUUUUACUGUUUUGAACUGAAUAGAACCAAUCCUGCAUGCUUUUCUGGUGUAUGCCGAGGUCAGCCAGCUCUACCACUCCCUGUCAAAUGAAAUUUUGCAGACUGGGGGGAUCACGGAGGUGGAUUCUUCUGGCUACUACUAUAAUCAUUCUUUUCAGCUCACCUUCUUUCACUAAAGUGACUGUGAUUUAAGUUUUUUUUGUGAAUGCACUUGAACCUAAAAGAAAGCCCACUUGCUUGCUGGAGGAUCUAUUACUGAAAGGACAACCUGUACAGAGAAACUGAAUUAAAGGGUGUGGAAAGGAUAUUGAAGUAAGUGACUGAUCAGUGGCCUUGGAGGGUAUUAUCUGCUGGUUACCACUGGGCACUAUGGACCUACAAUUAUCUCUUUAUUAAAAGAGAUUGAAAGACCAACUGCAUUGUUAGCACCACACAUAAUUUCACUGACAGUAUCAGGGUGCUUAUUCGCCAUAUAUUAAUCAAGCCACACUGAGAAAUACAGAAAACUAAUAGCAGAUGAUGGGAGCGGCACGUGUGAAACGACGCUUCAGUGCUGUGGUGGAUGGGCCAGUGGAGGAGGAGGAGGUCAUGAGGUUAGCACAGAGUGCUGCAGAUACAUCUGGCGGAGGGGGGAGCCCAGCAGGGUCAGGGACCCCAACCAGCCCUUCUCCAAACCAUGCCCUCAAUGGCAAAGCUCUACCUCUUCAGAGCAACACCAACAAUGCACGGAGGCAGGGUGCCUUUGGAGAGUCAGCUGGAGGAGAUGCAGGAGGAGAAAGUGGGUUGAGAGCAGGAAGAAUGUGUUCAGGGCCAAAGAGUGGAAGAGGCGGUAGUGUAGGAGGGAGAGGGGAAGACCGUUCUUCAUCAGACCAGGAUUCACUCUCUUCCCCCUCCACUACCAGCCGCCGGCGCAACAGGCGCUCAAGCCGCCGGCCCCGACAACGCUUUGUGGGCAAGGACGGACGCUGCAACGUCACCUUUGUCAACAUGAGCGAGAGGGGCCAGCGGUACCUCAGCGACCUUUUUACCACUUGUGUGGACAUCCGCUGGCGAUGGAUGCUGGUCAUCUUCACUCUCUCCUUCGUUCUCUCCUGGCUGCUCUUUGGAUUUGCCUUCUGGCUCAUUGCCUCCGCACAUGGGGACCUCUCCAUUCGGCUUAUCCCCAGCUCAGGUUCAUCUCCGGGAUCAGGAGAUGCCGGCUCUGGAGGAGAGUCUGAUAGGGAGGCAGUGGUUGAGGAGCCAUGCUUCUUCCAGGUGAACAGCUUCAUGGCAGCCUUUCUGUUCUCCUUGGAGACGCAGACAUCCAUCGGUUAUGGCUUCAGAAGUGUGACCGAAGAAUGUCCCCUGGCGGUGGUGGCGGUCGUUUUGCAGUGCAUUGUGGGCUGCAUAAUUGACGCCUUCAUCAUCGGGGCAGUCAUGGCAAAGAUUGCCAAGCCCAAGAAGCGCAACGAAACACUGGUAUUCUCCAACACAGCUGUGGUAGCGCUGAGAGAUGGAAAACUCUGCAUGAUGUGGAGGGUUGGAAACCUACGCAAGAGCCACCUGGUAGAAGCACAUGUCAGAGCACAACUACUGAAGUCAAGGGUGACAUCAGAGGGAGAGUACCUCCCACUGGACAACGUGGACAUCAACGUGGGGUUUGACACUGGUACUGACCGCAUCUUUUUGGUCUCGCCUGUAACAAUUGUCCAUGAAAUCAAUGAAGAGUCACCUUUCUUUGAGAUGGACCAAAAAACACUGGAGAACGACCCUGACAUGGAGGUGGUGGUCAUACUCGAAGGCAUGGUGGAAGCCACAGCCAUGACUACGCAGUGCCGUAGCUCCUAUCUGGCUACUGAAAUCCUCUGGGGACACCGCUUUGAACCAGUGCUCUUUGAGAGGAAAGAUGGCUACCAGGUGGACUACUCAUUUUUCCAUCGGACCUACGAAAUCCCAAACACACCUAUCUGCAGUGCUAAAGAGCUGGCUGAACAGAAGUACAUUCAGAGUUCACGGUCAUCUUUUUGUUAUGAGAAUGAGGUGGCUCUGCAGCUCGCCUCCCCUGAUGGUGAGCCAGGUCAAGACAUUGAGUUUGCCUCCCCACUGAACCCGAGGCAGUCCCUGGCAGAAAAUCUCCACUACAACGGAACCAGUGGGAUAGGGAAAGGGAUGGAAAACUGUCUUUAGAGGAAGAACAAAUAUGGUGAUGGGAGGCCGACUGGCAGAGAGAGCCUUGAAUAAAGCAGUGUAUAAUGAAGGAUAGGAAAGGACGCUAUUUACAGUGAUUAGAAGAGAAAGAAAGAUUUAGUAGGAACAGUAGCAAGUUUGGGAUUAAGUCUUUUAGGGAGCUGACCUAGUUGUCUAACUGGUCCUGGCAAUCUUUCAAAAUCAUUGAAAACUGCUAAGUCUCACAUCUGGCCCAUCACUACCACAGCACACUCAUCUGACUCCAAUUCCUGACUGGCAAGGGCAUGCAACAGCACCCUAUAGUGGCUGCAACAUGCAACUACCCCUCCAUGUUUAUGACUGGGAAAGUUUUUGACUUCUGUUGGGGGUAGUGUAUUAGCUUCUGAGGAAUGUAUUCCACUAAGAUGUUGACUUAUCACUUUAUUAUUUUAUUUUCUUAUGGUAAGUAUUGAUACAGCACUUUUUGUGAUACUCCAACACUGGAAGACUGAGAAUGUAGUUGAGAUUAGCCAAAGAAAAGCAACAAUAACAUGGAGAAACAGCUAAAAACUAGCAGCGGUUUUGAGAAGUUUCUGCCAUGUAAAUGUACUUACUCUGUUGUUUUUUAUUUGGCUUUUUUCCAUGUAUGAUGCAAAGAAAAAAAAUGUUCACUCAUUGUAAACCUUGCUUGAUUUAAUGUAACAUUUUGUUUUGAGUGAAAUAGCAUAGUGAUGAUACAUCAGGGCAGAUUUUGGCUGUAUCCAGAUGUGAUAAUCACCAUGGAUUCUUUUAUGGCACUACUAUCAAAGUAUCCUGUCAGUUUUUAAGUCACUAAAAGCAGCCUCGCUAUUGUUUUGCUGUGAUACUUUUGCAUUCAUGUACACAGUUACUGAGCUAUGAUACUGUAAUCUUUUAAGUGUCCUGACAUUUGGAUGGAUGUUGAUAGUACAGACUGAAUAUAAGUUAAUAGCAAUGGAGACUUACACUCAGAUGCAGCAUCUUUCCAUUUCUGCAACUCUGCAAGAAGGGGACGAGGAUCUGACUGGAAACUACAUCACAUUCACAGAAAAUUAAAUCAGUAUUUCUCUACUCAAAAAAUUCAUGUAACUCCCUUAUAAUUGUAAUGUAUUACAGUUGGUUUCUCUCAACAUGAGAACAGGGUAGUAGGUGGUGCCUUCAUAGCAGAGCAGAGAUUUUGCAAAAGGCCCUUCAUCUGCAGCUGCAUGAUGUGUAAAAUGAGCUUGAAUUGUAUUUUUUUAUCGUGCAUUUGCAACACAACCACUUUUAUUGUGCGGUAUGUUCUGAGACAGAAAAGAACUGAGUAAUCCCCAUAAAAAUGUGCAUUGAUGAAUGAAUCUUUUAGCUGUAAUAUACUGUAGGCUACGUGAUAGUUGCAUUUUCUAGUUAUAUUACAAAGCACCUGAAAUAUUUCUGUUUAUUUUAACCAUAAUAUUUUACAGUAAAUGAUGCCACUUCAGUA